CGCAGUGGGAGCGGCCGGGCCGGGCGGCGGGGAGCGGCGGGAGUGGGAAGGGGGCAGGGCGGGCUGGCCCUAACGGUCUAUUUCAAGGUGACGUCACCUACUAUAAAUAGCUGCUGCCGCCGCCGCCCAGCCCGAGGGCCGCGCAGGCGCCCUGCGAGUGCUGCAUUUUACCGCCGCAUAGGUGGAGGUGGGAGAGGAGAGCGGGGUGGGGACUGCGGAGCCCCAGGAGGGCGCGCGGUGAUGGCGGCGACGCGGGCAGCGCAUUCUCACAGCCCCACCCUGAAAAGCGCCUCAGAAUCCAGGUUAGAGAUCUGGCUUGAGAAGGGCCCGAAAAGCAAAUAAACCUAGUGCUUGGAGAAGCCAGGAGGCCGCGUGCCCGGAGGGGCGGACGGGCCCGCCCACGCCAUCUCACCCGCUCGGAGCCCUGCCUGGCCGAUGGGGUCGGCGGGGCCACACCCUGCACUUGUUUCCGCAACUGGCUGGGGCGGGAUUGGGUCCGACAUCUGGGGACAGCCCCAUACACACACGUUGACUCACUGCACCCCCACCCUGAGAAGUGGCGUUGGGCAGACUGUGCCUUCCACGAAGGAGGGACUGGGUGGCCCCGCUGGGACAAGUAACAUGCACGACACUCCUAUGAGGAGUCGGCCAAGUGCUCGGCCUUCACGGGUAUAAUCCUGCUUAAUCCUCGCAACUCACCCUGCAGGUGGGCACAGUUGGGUUUCCCCAUUUUUCAAAACCAGAUUAGCGACUUGCUCAAGAUUACCCGGUCUGUAAGUGGUGGACCUGAGUUCAUAUCCAGACUGGAUUUCCUCUUGUGGCGAAGAGGACCCUCUGGCUGGUCAAUAAGCCCCUCCCAGUCCUGGCAUUCGAUGCUGUGGGUCCCUCCUACCAGGCCCUGGGCUGGGCCCCGGACAAGCUAGGAAAAUCCCAGUGACUGAAACCUGGGCCGACUUAAGUACAACACGCCAAGGGCAACACAGGAGGAGGGGCUUGCGGCGCCGAGAAUUUUAUUGAGCACCUACUGCUUGCUCAGCGCUGGGGGAAGGAGGAGCUACAGAAUAAGUAAGAUAAAGCCUCUGCCUUAGAAGCCUAGCUCUAAACAUGCAAGAGCAGGUAAGCUGGACCUCAACCUCAGCGAAAGAUAUUAGGGAGUAGGGUCCAGCAUGGGCAAAGGCUUGGCAGUGAGGAUAGAAACAAAAUCUGGGAGGUGAGAAGAGAGGCCUGGCAGUGGUAAGACAAGGUUACGGAGUGUCGUCAAUGCCAGCUGAAGAUUUAUCCUUAGCUAAUUGGGAACCACUGGAGGUGUGGAAGCUGUAUCUCAGGCCAGGAGUCUUGCUCUGGAGAGUAAGAUGCAUUAGAAAGGAGGGACUGGAGAGUGGGCCUUUUCUGACCUCAGUUUUACCAUCUGGAAAUUGGACUUGAAGGAAUGUGAAAAGCACUGCAGAAUAGAAAUCCUGGAAUGUCAGAGCUGGCAGGACUCUUAGAGUCACUGCUGUCCAACCGCUUAUCCUGCAUAAGGAGAAACGGGUCUGAAGAGGAGGAGAGGCUGGCCGAAGUUUACAUAGCCAGUGAGCAGAGCUGAGGCUUCCGUAGCAGGUCUCCUGACUCUUGGGCCUUCGCCCUGCUAUGAUGCUAAAAUGAGGACCUCAGUAUCCAUGAAACAGAAUUUGAGUGUGGGUCUGGGAGGAGGCCCCCAUCCCAGGCUUCACCAUGCAUGCACCUUUGCUAACUACAAAUGGAAUUGAGGUUAACAAACUAGGCUGAUCUUUUCCCUAGAGAAUUUCUUUAAAGAGUGCAAUAGAUGAUAAUUAAUUGUCCACCCCACCCUCCAUGAUAAUGGCGCUCCAGUAAGAGGUGGGAGGAAGGCCAGCUCUAGUGGGGGGAGCUCCAUGGUUCCUUCCAGCUCUUAGAGGGAUUAGAGCCCUUCUAGCUUUUCUGAUCAUUGUUGGACAGAGAGUGAUUUCAAAACAGUGAAAAUUAGGUAGACUGGAGCAUUCUAAUCACAUUCAAUUCUAGUUGAUUUUGACACUCAUAAAUGUCAAAUGUGGCACACUUUGGUUCUCCCAUGAAGCUUUUCUUUCCUUCUCACCAAACUUCACUGUCACCACUUCCUCACCUCCCACCCAUCCCUCAGCCCAGUGUACUCUGGCUCUGCCCCACCCCUCCACCCAGGCAGCCCUCCUCUUGUCAAAUCCAAGGUCACUUCAUAGUCCUCACCUUCCUGGCCCUCUUGGCUGCACUGGGCGCAACUGCUCCCCCCUCCUAGACAGCCUCUCCUCUUAGCUCUCAUGACCCUGCUCUCUCCUGGCUUCUCCCUGCUGCUCUGGCUGCUCCUCUCCUGUCUCCUGUGUAGGCUUGUCUUCUCGGCCUACCCCGAAAUGCUGGGGUCCCUCAGGGCUCCGUCCCAGGGCCUCUUGUCAUUCUCCCCUACCCUGAGUGACAUCAUCCACGCGCACUCUUGAGAAGAAGGUAACAUCUACCACAUUCCCAGCACUGGGCGAGGGGCUUUGCAGAGACAGGUGUAUUUUUUCCCUCAGGAUACCUCUGUAAAGUAGGCUGAUUUCCAUUCCCCUUUUACAGGUGAGGAAACUGGCUCAAAGAUGCUCCAUGACUUGAAUAAAGUCACACAGCUGGUAAUCAACAGAGCCAGGAUUCAAACUCAGGUCCAGCAGACUCCCCAGCCUGAUGGCCCCACGCUACCCUCGCCUUAGCUGAGAAGGGGCCAAGGUAUGGCUCCCCCUUCAGGGUCAUUCAGAUUGUGGAAAGCACACACAGCCUCCCCUCUUACAGCCUACACACUUCUAGCAGCACCCACCUUCUUCACCCUCAGGAGAGAGCUGCCAACUCCCCAAAACCUCGUAAAUAAAGACCAGGACAACCGCCUUGGGCAGGUCACCUACUCCCAGGGCUCUAAGUCCCAUCAAGAAACAUGGCCUUUGAACAGCUUCAAAGAGAGCCCCUGAACCAGAGGAAGGGGGCUGGUGAUUAAUGUCAAACUCGCUGUGUUGCCCCAGAGCUCAGAGCAGGUCCCCGCACAGGGGCAGGUCUGCUGCAUCUUCACCUGGUACAGGUCUCGCUCAGGGAACAGAGCAAACCCCCUCUGGCGACCUGAGAACCUGUCUGUGGUGUAAUGGGGGAAAAGGAUCUGAACUUGGGUUCAAAUCCUGCUCUGCCAGUUACCAGCUGAGUAUCCUUGGGCAGGCCACUUGUAAACCUGGACUAACCACACCUGUUUCUUGGGGCUGGCAGUAGGCAAGAGCGUGUUUGUACCGCGCCUGCACAGUGCCAGCACAUGGGAAGCACCAGCCAUCACAGCUAUAUGAUAAUUCCUUGCUGCGUCCCACCCUGAGGCUGCGGUAAUGACUGUGGUCGCUUGGGUCUGAAUUUCCAAAGCAUUGUCAUAACCCUCCACUGGAGCACAGUGAAUAGGUGACCCAGAAAAGGAACGUCCUGUUUUUUUCCUCGGGUACUCUGGGACACUCUGAGCUUCCUGAGAAGUCCAGACACCAAGGGACAUAUUACAAAGAAGACCUGGUAUUGUUCUGGAGAGAUGGCGUGCACACUGUUGGCAUGGUUACCACCCUGAGCAGAAGGGGCCACCUGCCCACAGAUUUGUGUCACCCAGAUAGGAUUUUAAUUUUUUUUCCCAAAUGCAGGCCUCCUGCUGGCCAGGUGACCUCGCUGAUCCUGAGCUGCUGAUAAUAGCACGGCCCCCAACAGCAUCAGCAGCAGCUCUUGCUUAUUAAGCCCUGGCUCUCUGCCUGGCUUGGGGGUAAACACUUUACCCCAUAUACUAUCUCACCAAAUUCUCGCAACUCUUGGUAGGAGGUUGUUAUCCCUUUAUAUGGAUGAGGAAAAUGAGACCUAGAAGGGUCAGAUGCUUGCUUGGUGGUCCAGGCAGUCACCCACAGCCUCGCCACUCACACCUGCUUCCUGCCAUUUGCUUUGGCCCCAGUGUUCUUCGCUGAUACCACAUUCCACCCCCUGUGUCUAAGAUCAUCCAGAGCCUUCCACCACUCUCAAAGCCCUCUUUGAGAGCAGAUCAGCUCCCAACGCAGGUUUUGGCAUUAAGAAGUGUGAAAAUGUCCUGGUAGCUGCAAUCUGCGAGCUGGUGGAGCUCGGAGCCCCAUUUUCAGCACCCGCCCCCCCUCAAGCUUGUUCAGAGGAGCUCAGCUCUGGGGGAGAAGGCAAAGCUGUCACCUAUGGAAUCGCAGUUAAAAUGAUGGCGAAAAAGGCUUUUGCUUCAGUUCUGCAGUUGGUUGAGGACUUGUGUUUCUUAGCCAGAAUUUUCCAGAUCCUUUGGCUGGAACCAUCUGGAUAAUUGCCUCAAGCAUCUGUGUGGUUCCCACGAGGUGGGCCCAGGUGCGAGGGACUAUGUGGUCUUGGAAAGCUGGAGGACGGGGCCCAAGUGCUGUGACUUCCCCUCUGCGAGCCUUGGAUGUCUUAUUUGUAAAAUGGGAGGCUGCAUUGGUGGGUGGCAGGGUCCUUUCUUUUUUCAGCUCUGAAGGUCUAGGGUAUUUCACCACUGGAAGUUCAAGAAAUAACGGCAAUGACAACUCAAGAGAUGAAACAGGGAUGCUUCAGAGGACCAGAGUUUGGACCACAUCAAUACAUGGAGUGGAAGAGGGUAACAAGAACCUACUCUGUAGGUCAGGGGCAGCAGUUUGCCAGUGUGCUCCCACUUGGUUAAAGACUCUGAUCCUGUUCCCUCUGCCUGAAACACUCACCCCUCUUCUUUCCAUACCUAACUUGGGCUCCUUCUUCAGGUUUCAGCAGAACCCUAGCUUCCUCUGGAAGGACCCCUCAGCCUCAGGCUGGGGCGAGCACCUGCUCUGGCCCAGAGUGCUGGGUUUACCCCUCUGUGCUGAGACUGUUUCUCCCUCUCCUCUGCCAGAUGGGGAGUCCCAUGAUGCAGGGACCUUGUCGUGCUCAUGGCCGUAUGCCCAGAGCCUAGCACUGUGCUUGGCAUACAGCAUGUGCUCAGUAAAUACUUGCCAAAUGACUGAAUGCCUUGUGUCAUCAUCACGAUGCCACCAGGCCCUGAGGGAACCAGGGAGAUGAGAGGAAAGCUUUUGGACCCUUGCCACACCUUACAUUAGCAGCAUCUUCUCUGAGUCCCAACAGCCAGUCCCCUGGGACGCCAUUUGAGCCAGUUGAAUUCCAGUUACUGCUUCACCUUGGAAAGGCAGCCUCGGCCCUCACCAUGCAGCCCAGUAAUUGACGUCACAGCUGUGCCAGGAGCUGCCCUGUUAAUAUUUAAUGUGGACUUCACUGCAGCAGAGCUACAGGCUAGAAGAGCUGGAGGGGGCCAUGCAGAGUCUCCAUAGGGCUGUGAAGAUGGCACAGAUGGAAAAGGACUUCGUAAACCAGAAAGCCCCUAGCAGAUGAGCAAUAUGCUGACCCAUUUGAGUCCCUGGCUUAACUCUGAAAGAGCUAGGGCAGCAUGUGCCUGCAGUGGGACAAGGAGAAUGCUGACUGAGCCCAAGUGAUAAAUAUAAGGGGGAUUAGGGGCUCCUGGGGACAUUUCCUGGAGUCAGUGGGAGGGCAGAGCACUGGCGCCAGCCAGACCUAGACUCCACUCUGGCACUAUACAGCUGUGUGACCUGGGCAGCAACUGUACACUGAGCCUCAGUUCCCUGAUCUGUGAAAUGGGCAUAAUAACACCUUCCUUGAGGGGCUGUUGUGAGGAUUAAAUGAGACAAGUGAUAUAGAGGAACUAGCUCAGCACAUAGUAGGACCUUGGCAAAUGCUGAGUCCCUUCUCCCAAACCAGACGUGGGGCCUGAGGCUGGAGAGGAGAUGUGGGGGCACUUCAUGCAUUCGCUGGUCAGAGUGAUGUUGGAAGGGAAGAAGGGGAGAGGGGGCACGGGAGGGGUGACCUUGGAGCCAACUGUCUCAGGUUUGGACUUGUCACCAUGGUGGGACAACACCCAGGAGAGAUGUCAGAGAGAGGGUGGACAGAGAGCCCCAGGAUGGCAGGAACAGGAGGGCCAUUAUGGACCAUCUCUUCUGAUUGUCUGACCCCUUCAUUCAACAGAUGAGGACGCCAAGGGCCCAGAAAGGAGCAGACCAGCCCAGAGGCUCGCAGGGCAGAGCUGGGGUCUGCCUGGUCUGCAGUCACCCACAUGAGACUGCAUCAGCUGAGGUAUUUAUCCAGGGCCACCUGCCCACUGGGGGAGGCAGGUAACAUGAUGAGAUGCCCCCAUUCCCUGGUGGCAACCUCCUCUUCUCUGACCUGGACAAAGCAGGACCCUGAUCCUCCACCCCUUCCUGUCUCCCACCAGUGUGUUUUCCCACAAAUCCUGGAAACUUCCCAAAAGACAAAUCUGACCAUGCCAUCCCCUGCUUAAACGCCUUCUGUGGUCCCACACUUAGAGGUGCCAGAGAAAAUACAGGAGGCCCAGUUAAAACUGAAUUUGAGAUAAACAACGAAUGAUUUUUUUAGUAUAAGAAUGUUCCAAAUAUUGCAUGCACUUAAUUAUACUAAAAAUGAUUCAUUGUUUAUCUGAAAUUCAAAGUUAACAGGACAACCUGUAUUUUUUCAAGACUUUUUUUUCCUUA